UUUUAGUGUAAAAACAUUAAAAACAGCGAUUGAACGCGAACAUGGCAUCGCUCCAUCAAAGCAAAUUUUAAUUAUAAAUGGAGGAGAAUUAUUGGAUGACGAUGCUGUUCAAGUUUGUAUGAAAACACGUGAAACAUGUGCUGGAACAGAAGAAAAUCCCAUUUAUCUUUUGGAUAAAUCCCAUUUAGAAAAAUCACGACCAAUGUCCAUAUUAUUAACGUCGAAUAGUAUGACAUUAGUAGAUGAUCCAACAGUUAAGAAAUGGUUAGAUAUGCCGCCAACUUAUGAAACAAUUGUUCAACGAACGAAUAUCGCACAAGUAAUGAUCUUGCUCGGGAAAUUUUCA